UCGCCGCGGUUGUGUCCGCUCCGCUUCGCUCCGUUUUCGUUGUUGUUUCGUUGUUAUCCGUCGGUUUAUUUUAGCGGAGUUUGUUUUCGGUUUUCAGUGUGUUCUGUUUUCGCUUUUUUUUCUGUGCCGCGAGUUGCACGCACGCGCAGCAACAACAAAAUAAAGUCCCAGGGUGCAAGUUGCAGCGUUUUCGGCGUUGACGUCGACGCAGCGCAGGCGCAACAGCGGCAGAGCAACGAAUCAAAUGGAAUUGGAUCUCGCCUCGCGCAAUUAAUUGGAAUUACGUUCAACUGGAAGUGAGUUGACUUUAAAGUUGGAAAGAGGAAAACGUUUUAAAUUUGUUGGCAACGCAAACUGGUGGAAAAUUGUGGCAAACUCUUGUGUGUGUUUCGUCCGUCGUCCAACCAACUGUCAUUGUCUUUUGGCAUUGGGCAACAUUUUAAUUGAAAAAGUUUUGACAACUCGCAAGCAGGAGGAGGAGUAGAGAUGACUGUGAAAUUGGCCAAGCUGUUUGGGGGUGGUGGUGGCCUCGAGGUCCUGGACUCCAACCAGGAGCAACAUCAGGAGCAGCAGCAGCAGCAGCAGCAGCAACCACUGGCUGCCACAAUGCAGCAACACCAGCAGCAACAGCACUUGCAACAACCACCACCUCUGCCGCCCCCAAAUGCGAAUAUGAAGAGCCUCAAGUAUUACGAGCACCUGCAGGCCACCUAUCUGAUGGAUCAGGAUCACGAUCACGAUCAGGAUCAGGAUCAGGAUCAGGAUGACUACGAGGACACCUGCAUGCAGCGCAACCAUCCGUACAACAAUUCCCAGAGACCGCUUCUGGGCGAUCGUCGUCCCCAGCUGACGGUGAUGAGUGUUGGUAAAAAGGGUACCAAAUCGGGGGGUAUACCCCAGCAGCAGAAUCUACCAUUGCCACCACCAUUGCCACCCCUAAGGACCUACAUCUCACCCUAUGUGCAGCAACAGAAGCGGGACAGUGCCAAGGGAUUGCAUGGCUUCAACGAUUUUGAUGCCCUGUCCCAGCAGUACAAUCAGCACCUGCAGAGUCCUCACAUUGGGUAUCCCUAUGGCAGUCCACCCUCGCCGACGGCUCAAUCAAGUGAUUUCUGCUUCGAUCGGCAGACGGGAUUGGUAAUGAUGCCUGGUAACACCAAUACCAACGCCGCAGGAGGGGGUCACCACCAGGUCAUCUCGAGCAGUUCGAGCAACUGCAGCAGCUCGCACACCACAUCCACCUCCUCGCCCACCCGAUAUUAUCCCGAUAAUUCGGGCCAUACCAGUCUUUAUCCCUCCCGUUUCGAGGAUGAUUUUUGCAUGCGUCGUCCUGCUCCGGAAAGCACUUCGUCACCCAUUGUCGCUGGAGGCGGCGGAGGCGGCGGAGGAGGACGUGGCAGUGGACCCUUCAUCUUUGGCAUCGCACCGGAGGAUCAGGUCACGGACUAUGGCAGCAAUCCACUGCCCCCAACGCCCCCGCAGCUGAAACAACAACAAUCUGUGAUUAGCCGUAGUCCUUUGCAACAAUCGCUGAGCGACACAAGUGCCGCCAGCAGUGGCAAGGGCUCCAAAUUCUUACUGCGUAAGCGUAAAUCAAAGAAGACAACCGCAGCAUCCACAACAACAACAACAACUGCAGGAGCAACAGCUGACACCGAAACAACGGGAAAAAAGGGUGGCAAAAAGGCUGUCAGCAGCCCCCCGCAGCCCUCGAUCAAGUGCGUCCUGGUGGGCGAUGGAGCCGUGGGCAAGACGAAUCUGAUCCUGUCGUAUCUGGAGAACCGCUUCAACCCGGAGCACAUUCCCACGGCCUCAGACAUUUAUAAUGCCGAUGUGAAUGUGAACGAGAGUCCGGUGCACCUGACCAUUUGUGAUACCGCCGGCCAGGACACCCUGGACCCGCUGAGGGAGCUCUGCUAUCCGGACAGCGACGUCUUCCUGCUCUGCUUCUCGGUGGUGAAGCCGGAAACGUUUCGGGCCAUCAAGGCCAAGUGGGCGCCCAAGUUUGCUAAGACCAAGGCGGCCCUGAUUUUGGUUGGCACCCAGGCCGAUCUUCGCACCAGCCCGAAUGUCCUCAACAAACUGCAGACAAAUGGCGAGAAGGCAAUUUCAUAUGCAGACGCCUGGGAUUUGGCAACAACAAUUGGCGCAAAAUACAUUGAGACUUCGUCAGCCACACAGGACAAAGUCAAGGAUGUGUUCGACGCAGCCAUUUGGGAGGGCCUCGUGCCCACCACCCUGCCGCCCACGCCCUCCUUCUGGAGGAAGCUCUUCUGCCUGGCCUGAAGCCCGAACUCGAAAACCCAACUCAACUCAGCACACGAUAUAUUAUUUUCGUUUUUUUUUGGAUACCUAUAUAUACCCAUUAUUUAUAUUGAACAAUAUAUUUUUUUUUUUUAGAGAUUUUCGUUUAGCAGUGCUUGCACACAGACUGAUCUACACAUAAACUAAAAUAAUAUAGACAUAUGAUAUAUAAUGCCUAAUUGCUUACGUUUUCAUGAUAGAUUUUAUCCUCUUACUCGUGGUUUUUUCUCAUUGCUUCUAUUAUUGUUUAAUUAUUUAGUCUUAAACUAUUUAGACCUUAUUAUCGCCCAGAUCCACAACUAUGUUACAUCAUUCCAUCCAUUUUUAAGCAUUACGUUUUAAGCAAAUAUUUCAAAUAUUGUAUAUCGAAGGCAGCAAAAAAUAUA